AUGUUGCAAAAACCAGUAAGAAAAAGACAGCAAUGCAUCCAGUGCAAUGGCUGCCUGAAAUGGAACCAUCGGUCAUGUAAUAGUGGUGAGUAACAACUAAACUUAUUUUUCCUAAGAUAAGAAACAGUGUUUAUUGACAUCUGAAUUCAUGCAAACAGCAAAUUGAUGAUGACUGAGUUGCAAUUGACUAUUGAUAGUUUCAACACUUUGGACUCAUUUUACUCGUGCAUAUGUCUUCUCAGCUGUUACAUAUGCCUGAUUUCUCACAGGUAUUUCUCAAGAAGACUAUCGUGCAGCUGUAAGGGCCAGAGCAGAUAUCAUUUUGUUUUGUCCGUCCUGCAGCCGUCCUGAUGUUGAUCCAGUAGCUGAGAGCAUCAGAGUCGCAGAGUCAGAGACUGACAUUUUGGAAUCAGAAGAAUCCUACCCUCCCUAG